UGUGAUGGUGACAUAGAUAUGUCGAACUCCAUCUCUCGCCUGUAAGAUAGCCUUACACCACUCUCCUUGAAAUCGACAAAGGCUCUCGUGGCUGGAACGACGACAACAACAACCACCAUGGCACCCUCUUCUCGACGAUAGCCCUCUUACUCUCCCUUCACCCAUCACCCUGAACGUCUUUGGAAGAGAAACCACCAUGACCCGUCGUAAGGCCAAGAAGGUAGAAUCUCCCUCACAACAUCCAAACGGCUACAAUGGAGGUUACUUUGCCCUUGCAACAGUUUCCUCGCCGUCGAAAAAACAAGCACGAGCCGAGCCUGGUCAGUCUCUCGCACCCGCACCCGCACCCGCACCCAGCAGCACGACGUCGUCCCACCAAACCGUCUCGAUCCUCCUCUCCAUCUGGGCGCCGACGCUCGUCCUCAUCUUCGGCGGCUGCUGCUCCAACGUCUACACCCUGGAGUCCCUGAUCAAGACCUCGCCCUCCUCGGGUCCCCUGAUCACGGCGUUCCAAUUCCUCCUCGUCGCCCUCGCGACGCUCCCCCGGCACUUGUCCCUCUCGCGCGGCUGGCGCCACGCCUACCUCCGACCCCGGGCGAUCCCUCUGCGCAAAUGGCUCGUCUACACGGCCUACUUCCUCAGCAUCAACAUCCUCAACAACAUGGCGUUCAAGUACCGCAUCAGCAUCCCCCUGCACAUCAUCCUGCGGUCGGCGGGGCCCGUGACCACCAUGGCCGUGGGCCGCCUGUACGGGGGGAAGCACUACCCUUCGCACAAGGUGGUCGCGGUGUUUUUGCUGUUCGUCGGCGUGGUCCUGGCGGCCUUUGCGGACGCCGCGAGCAAAGAGGCCCACCACUCGUCCGACUUUGAGCAACCCACCGCCAGCGUACCCCAAACGAGCGCGACGGCGACGGCAGCAUCACAACAGGCGCCUGGAUUUGCACUCUUGGCCUCGGCCCUGAUCCUGUCGGCCUGCAUGGGUCUGUACACGGACAACAUGCACUCGGAGCACGGUCGCUCGAGCUCCGUCGCCUCCGAGACGCUCUUCUACAGCCACGCCAUGUCCCUCCCUUACUUUGCCAGCCAGGUGAAGCCGCUCAUGCGCGAGUUCGCCAGCGUCAAGGCCGCCGCCUUGACCGACUACGGAUACAACGCCGAGCACGUCACCGCUUUUCCAUUCUUGGAGACUCCAAACAAGACGACAACCACGGGCCCCGUGGGUCUUUUGGGCUCCCUCGUACCUUUGUUGUCCUCGUCACCCUCGAGUUGGUUGUUGGGUCUCUCACUCGCUCUGCACGUGCCCCGACCCGUGCUGCUCCUCGUCCUCAACGCCGCCACGCAGCUCCUCUGCAUCGUCGGCGUCAAUCGACUGUCGGCGCAGUCGUCGAGUUUGACCGUCAGCAUCGUCCUCAACAUUCGCAAACUCGCCAGUUUGCUUUUGAGUAUCUGGUUGUUCGGCAACCAACUGCCCAGCGGCGUCAUGGUAGGUGCCGCCAUCGUCUUUCUGGGCGGUGCACUGUACGCUAUGCCUACCGGAUCGGGAACUUCUUCAGGUUCAAAAACGAAAAAGGAGCAUGAUAUCAAAAAGAAAAACUUGUGAGAAAAAUCCACGAUACCACGACAAUGUUUACGUCUCUAAGACGAUACGGGACGAGACACCACCAACUACUGUAGAAUAAAGAAUACAAGGUAGACUAGAGUAGAGUAGACCGAAAAGAGAAAAGAAAG